UCUCUAUCUUUUCAUGUAAGGAUAGUUGUGUUUCUCUCUAACUGUAUGUCCGAAAUUGGUAAAAUACGAGGUACACCCAGGGACAAAAUUUCAGCCAAAAAAUUAUUCUUGCGUCGGCUAUAACUCAUCCCCAAAGGUCCAGUCAAGCGAACCAAGAUAGACUUUUACUUACCUCAACAGCUCCUAUGCAAUGAAUAUAAUAUCAAUCGAAAAGCGAUUAAACACUUGGAAACGUUCCCUCGUAAGUUAUGAACUUUUAAUUUUACUCAAAAACAGCAAACAUAGGUUAUUUCCCCUCGUAUAGGUUUUCACUACGUUUCUGGAACUUAUUUGAAAAAUAAAUGUUGCCACGAGAUUCAGCAUGGUUGAUUACCAUUCGUUUUCGAAAUUACCUCGCGGAAAGAAAUAUUGAUCUUGGGACUCUCGGGAACUACGAUGCACACCUGAACCAGGAAAAAUUAGGAGCUUCCUUAGUUCCUAUUUUGACGAGAACACCUUGGACUAUAUACCUAUGAAAAAUAACUGAUAGACUGCUAUCUCAAUAUCCGGAGAUCCAAACUGGUUUUCAAAAGACCUCCUAGAAAACCGAUCUUCCGGAUAUUUUUCGGAAAAGAUUUUUCAUAUGAAACCAUAGGCAAAACUAUUUUCUUCCGAUUGCUGAAAACCCCAGAUCUCUAUUUUUGUUAGUUAUUCGAAAAGCGCUAAUUAGCGUGUCGCAUGUAGAAAGAGUUAGCGUUUUUCUCAAAAUCAAUUUUUGCGCUAGUGGUCAAACGUCCAGCAAAUGUUUUUAAAAUAUAGUUUAUUAUAAAGAGGUGCAGCUCUUUUUAUUUGUUGGGGCACUCGAUACUUCUUCGGAUAAUGAGAUGGAACUUUUUAAUUAGGCUCUAGUUUUGUAGAAAACCGCGUCUGUCUGGAAUAACUCUGAUAGUAUUUUAAGGUUUUAGAAAUUUCGAAGCUCCCCAAAAUUAAAGAACGCAAGAAUAAAAAAGAUAAUUUCACCACAAAGUAUUGGAGUAAUUUCCUGUUAAGCUUUUGCCGUUCGAAAGACACUGACGGUUGGAGAAGGUAUCGACGAACGGCCGUUCAUUCUGAGAUUUUGGAACAGCCGUUCUAUUAUUUGUUCCAAAAGGUUUUAAAAAUGGGACAGGGUUCACUCUUUAGUGUCAAAUUUCAAUUUGUAUUUUGUAAUACCUUUUCCAACUGAAGUUUCUGACAAAAACUAAACUUCUAAUAGAUUGUAUGGAUGAAAAUGAUCCAAGCAUUUCCACUUUUGCGCAUGACACUUGCAGUUUAUUUGAUCUUGCAGAGAGCUAGAUAUAUUUUUCAAGUUAUUGUAUGCUAAAUCAAUUCAAGAACCGAAGAUCAAUGCUCAGGCUUCCUGACCUGCUUAGGAUGAGUAAUUAAUAAAUAAAUAAAUAAUAAAUAGUCAACUAGUAAAACUGAUUAUCGGAGAUAAUCCAAGAAUGAAUGAUCGAGGAUAAUACGAGAUAUCAAAAAAAGAAAGAUUAUCCAAAAGGCCGAGAUGCUAUCAAAUCAAUCUACUUAUUUUUAUAAUUUUUAGCCGUCAAAGAAAUGCGGUUUCUCAGAUAAUCACAACAAUAAAGGUCAUGCGUGAUAUACAAUAGUAUAAAGAUCAUCCCGGGUUAGUUAAGAAGAUCAGAUAGAUGAGUGACGAACUGGUUUUAUGAUAUACUAAAUGAUAUUGCGGGAUGAGCGGAGCUAUUCAAGAAUCGGUUUGGCACUCGUUGACUCACCUUUUUUGGAUGUGUAGAAUGAUCAAAAAUCGAAAAAAUUUUCGACUAAGAAAGUUGCUCUAUCCUUUACUGUUGCUUUUUCAAAAAACUUAUAUCAACAUUUCCUAAGAAAAUUUCUCAAGAUUUUCAUUUGAUUCCACAUUGCAGAACUUGAAUGGUAUAAAACUUAAUUUUAUCUACUUUUUUUAGCAUUGUCGUCUCGAAUGGCUCUUUCCAGUCAUGUUUGUGCUCAAACAGAAAGAGUUUCUUUGACGUUUGGAAACAAUUCUCCUGAACGUACAUCCACACAAGGUGCACAACAAGAUAUACGACUAUCGUCACAGUGGGAUAACCGUACUUCGGUAAGUGAACUGACUGCGAGUUGGUAUCCUUCAUCAACUGGUUUAGUACCAGCGAUUCAAUUAACAGCAAUGGUCCAAACAUUAUUUAUAACAUUAGCGGCGGAAGGAAUAGAUGAAAACUAA